AUGAUUGACAUUGAACCAAGGCACGGUAAUCUCCAUUUCAUAAAUAUCAAAUAUGGGUACAUAGUACUAGGGAUAUCCUCUAUAUUAAUCCUAUACUUGCUACUAUUUAAAUUCAUCUACAUACAACAAUGGAAACGCAAUGGAAUACAUAAUAAAUUGUUAACCUAUUUACAAGGCCCUCCAACUUGGUUUAUCAUGUUGAUCUGGACUGUGAUUAUUGCUUUCCUAUCACAAGACAAGAUCCACUCCAUAUUUAUCGAAUACACCACUGUUGCUAAACGAUUGGGCCGAAUAGCUUAUAGUUUAGUCCCAUUGAAUAUAUUCCUAAUUUUGCGAUUUGCUAAUUCACCCAAUCUAAACCCGGGUUAUUAUUUACAAAAUCUAAAUCUCCAUAAAUGGCUAUCACGAUUGAUUUUCUUACUUUCGUUUAUCCAUGGGUUGAUUUUCGCUGCUAAAUGGAUUAUUGAAGGAACAGGGUCAAAAUUUGUCAAGUUUCUCAACCUUUUGGGUAUUGUAGUCAUUUUGCCAUUCACUUUGCUCAUUGUUGUAUCGAUACGAUACAUGCGUCGCAAAUCAUAUCGACUUUUCUACAUUGUCCAUAAUAUCACUUCUUGGUCGAUGGUUAUUUUAAUAACUUUCCAUGCGCGGCCAGGGGUAUGGCCCAUUGCUAUCUUGUCCAUAGUCAUGUUAGCGUUGCAAUUGUACUCGAGGUUAGCUGCUUACAGAGUAAACUCAAUCAAGGUCAUAGAUACGCCAACGUCUACAUUACAAAUUGUCAAAGUACCACUUCCACUUGAAUUCCCCAGUUGGUCACCGGCAAGCCAUGUUCGAAUCAAUUAUUCGUUCCUGAAAAUUCAAUGCUGGCUCACGGCUACUCACCCAUUCACCAUUGCUUCUAUAUAUGAAGAUUCCCGAACUUCACUUGUAUUGAUCAAGAAAAAGACUCAAUUGAAUUUCGAUGCCCAAAGUACUUAUUUGGUAACCGGCCCGUACUGUUCCAUACCUCAACCUUUAUUCAACACGGCUCAAGUCGUAAGUAUAAUAUGCGGUGGCUCGGGACUUUCAUUUGGACUACCAAUUUAUCAAUAUUUCAAAACGACAAAUCCAUCAGUCGAAGUCAACUUAGUUUGGUGUGUCCUGAACAAAGACGACUUGUUUAUCCUCAACCAAUUGAAUUUAUCUGAUUUACAAAUUUACGUUACUGGAGUUGACAGCCAAGAGUCAUCAUCCAACGAGCCCAUCCCUCCCGAGUUUGUCAUAGAAGGAGACGACGAGGUGGAACAUCAUGGGUUGUUGAAAGAAAAUAUAGAGUUGCAGCAUAUAGUACCCAAUCCGGUGGACCCUAAUGACAUUGACGAGGGAAAUUCAACCAAGGAUGAUUCGGCAACAAAUGGAAGACGGUAUAGGUUAGGAAGACCUAAAUUGGACGAAGUUUUUGCCAUCAACAACCCCACAAUUACACUAGACCCAAAUAUUACUUGGAUCAUUGCCUGUGGUCCUGAUGGAAUGAUCAAUGAUUCAAAAAAGUGGGCAAAAGAGCACAAUUAUCAAUUCUUUAGUGAAAAGUAUGAGAUGUGA